AUGAACCCUGAAGGACACUAUGAAAUUGUGCAGCAUGUUGUAAAACACAAUCAUCCACUUACAGGAGAACCACUAAAUUACCUUCAUAGAUCUGAGCGUCAGAUAAGUGAUCCAAAGAAACAAACCAUACAAGCUAUGCAAGAGUGUGGACUGAGACCGAUAGAUUCAUUUAAAUACAUGAGUACAGAAGCAUGUGGUAAAGAUGUAUUGGGUCGUUCCAUGAAGGACCACUUCAACUGCAAUUAUAGACUCAAAAUAAAAUCAAUUGAGGGAAAGGAUUCACAUAAUAUUGUUGAUAACCUUUAUGAGCAGAUGCAAACAGAUAGUAACUUCUUCUUUAGAGUAAAAUUGAAUGAUGAAGGAAAGGUUUGCUGCUUAUUUUGGAGAGACUCUAUGAUGCUUGAGGAGUAUACAAUCUUUGGAGAUGUUAUGGUUUUUGAUACUACAUAUAGGACAAACAAGUAUAAUCUUAUUUGUGCACCAUUUGUAGGAAUUAAUAACCAUUGGAAAAACACAAUGUUUGCAUGUGCAUUUCUUGCGGAUGAGACAAUACCAUCAUUUGAAUGGGUUUUUGAAACAUCCAAAAAGUCAAUGAAAGGUAAAUGUCCAAUAACUACAUUCAGCGACAAAGAUGCUGCAAUUGCAGGAGCAAUAAAAAAGGUACUCAUGUUUAUGUGA